AUGGCCCAGCAACAUCGAGAGAAUAUUUGGUAAGUUUAAUUUAAACUGAAAAUUAAUAUAAUAUCGAGAGUUUUGUGUAUGUAAUCGACUUCUAUAUUUUGUAGGAGAGAUCAAUUUAUGAGCGAACUGGAAAAUGACAAUGUCAAUCGCCAGCUUUGCGACGUUGCUGCAGAUGAAAUGUUCGAGUCCUGGUCGUCGGAGACGCAGGAGCAGAUUUUGGCUGAAUGGAAUUUUUGGCGACGAGACGAAAACCCUGGACAUAGCUGUGAUGAAUGUGGCAAAACAUUUACACGAUCCAGCGACCUAAAGCGCCAUACAAAACGUGUACACACUGGAGAAAGAGCUUUUUCUUGCAACCAUUGUGACAAAUCCUUUGCUAGGAAAGAUAUGUUGAAACGUCACGAGAAAGUCCAUAGCAAGGAAAAAGUAUACGAAUGCCAUAGAUGCCACAAGAAAUUUGCUCGAAAGGUAUGUAGUACCGACAGUUUAUAUUCUAACUGCGAUGUAUUUUAAACUAUUAUGCUUAUUUAUUAUUUUUCAAGGACAAACUGAAUAGGCAUAUGAAAAUGCACGAGCGCCGUGGCGCGGAACGGGAAUAUACUUGUAAUGUAUGUGGUGAAGUAUUCCGAAAUAUAUUUCCAUUACAAGCCCAUCAACGCGAAGUCCAUCAAGUUGGUCGUGGGAAACGUACGAAGACGCCGACCCGGCGAACGAAGAGACAAAGAACUGAUGAACCAGGUAUGUAUAGAUGAAAAUAUUUCGAUUGCUGACUUUGUAUUUAUACAGAUAUUUUUUCUCUUUUUAGAGAGACCGUCGACACGCGUUAACGAAGGUAAGCAUUUGUGUGUUUUCCGUUGCUAUGGUUGUUAAACACCACUAAUACAUUUUUCUCCUUUUCAGGAGCUUCUACUGUCGUCAACGAAG